GGCGAAAUAUUCUGAUUUCUACUAUUUUCGUUUACUUCCAAAACACCCAAAACAAAAAUAAAUUCAGGAUAAAAUCAUAAUAUUUAUCUAUAUAAAUUCUAUGGAUAAAUUACCCUUUACUAUUGUUUUUUAACAAUAAUCCUUUUUUACAUUUUAUAUAUUUUGGUGAACCUAUGACCCAUGAAUGGAGUCUUUAGGUUAUCUUUUAGGAAAUUAUUUGUUGUUGUUUUAAAAUGGAAAUAGAAUUAAGCCAAAUGGCUUGCUGCAGAACGUGUUUACGGGCUUCUAGUGAAUUGACUUCCUUAGAUACUGACGAUGAAGAUUCUAUAAAGCUUAGCUACAAGCUGGUUUCUUGUAUUUCCGAAGUGGCAUGGUUGGAACAAGGACUGCCACAGACUAUUUGUGAUAUAUGUGUUGAGCAACUCAAAGUAUCAUAUUGCUUUCGCAAUACAUGUCUUGAAUCUAACACCACCCUCCAGAAUUUACUCCAGGAGUCAAGGUGUACUACCGUGAAACAAGGAGCAGGAAAGCAUGUCUUGUUUGAAAAUAUUGGGACAAAUAAUAAAAAGACAGAAAGUUUAAAUGAACUAUCAGUGGAGGACGCGGAAAACUCCGAAUAUAUUCAUCUCAAGCAUUUUUUAGAUGAUGAGGCAGAUGCUCAGAUAGGCAAAAGUGAAUCUUUGAAAUGCGAUAGUGUGAUAUCAAGGAGUAACUCGCCUGAAUCAAAUGCAGAGAAUUUUAUUGCAUCAUAUGAACAGAGCCAUGCUAUUGAAAUAGAAGUGCAGGAUAUUGAUGAUAUUAUCCAAGACCAAACUGACGAGAAUUCAGAACAAGACGCUAAAGUUAUAUUGACUAAUGGGAAUGAAUACACCCUGCAAAUAAGUGAAGAAAACAGUAAAUCUUCAAAUAUUGUUCGAGGUCAUCAGAAAAAAUACAUCUCUGAGCCAAAUUUGAAAUCUCAGGAUGCUAGUGAUGAUAUUAGUGAAAAUGUUGAUAAUCCUGAAGCAGGACAAGCUGGAGAUGCAAUGAUUUAUACACAAUUUGAGGAUUCUAAAGGGAAACAGAUUUUGGGAUCUGAGCAAUGCAUACCCAUUGUAAAAGUCUUAGACAAACCACUGAAAGCAACUAGAUCAACAGCUGUUCAAGUGAGUCCUCACAUAGAUGCCAAAACUGAAUCACCCAACCCAAACCAGUGCUCUGUAUGUGGAAACACUUAUAAGAAAAAGUCAAAUCUAAAAGUUCAUAUGCGAUCUCACACAGGAGAAAAACCUUUUGAGUGCAAGUACUGUGAGAAAAAAUUCCACCAUUCUUCUCAUCUAACAGAACACAUUAGGAGGCACACAGGAGAAAAACCCUUUCCAUGUCAAAUUUGUAGCAAAAGGUUUACUAUAAAGGGGGAACUCACCAUGCAUAUGAAGACCCACACGGGUGAAAAACCGCAUCCGUGCAAAUUGUGCUCUAGAAAAUGUUUAACAGGAUCAGAUUUAAAGAUUCACAUGAGGACCCACACAGGAGAAAGGCCGUUUAAUUGCGAACGCUGUGAUAAGAAAUUUACUAGUGCAUAUAUCUUGAGUUGCCAUAUGAAGGUACAUACAGGUGAAAGGCCAUACUCGUGCAACUUAUGUAGUAAAACGUUCACGCAGUCUUCGCAUCUCAAUGUCCACAUGAAGAAGCAUACAGGUGAACGUUUUUCUUGCAAAGAAUGUCAAGCGACCUUUAAACAUUCCUCACAAUUAACUGUGCAUAAAAGAGAACACACAGGACAUCAACCUUAUCAAUGUGGUAUAUGCGGUAAGGCGUGUAACUACAUGUCAGAAUUGGACACGCACAUGUUAAGACAUUCAGGGCAGAAGUUCUCGUGUGACAUUUGUCACAAACAGUUUAGUACUAGUGCAUAUUUACAAGAGCAUACACGAGUUCAUACAGGAGAUGGACUUUUUACGUGCAACAUUUGUGAUCGGAAUUUCACUAGGCAAUACUACUUGAAUAAGCAUAUGAGGACGCAUACCGGUGAGAAGCCUUUUUCCUGUGAGAUUUGCGACAAGUCUUUUACUCAAUCAUCUAGCUUAAAGGUGCACUUAAGGAUUCAUAGUGGGGAGCGACCAUAUAAAUGCGAGCAUUGUGAAAAAACGUUUGUCAAAAAGUCAGAUCUGACAUCUCACGCAAAACGGCACAAAGUAAUUUACGUAGAUUUAUAAUAGGUCAAAUAGUAAGCUCUUUAUUUUAAAUAUUUAGUUCCUUUUUAGUAUUAUUGCCCGCUAUUGUAAAUAAAUUCAAUUCAUUGAA